CAGGCGUUGUGUCCAUCGGGGCGGACCGGCCGCUACAGCUGUCCAGAAACUCCAGGCUCCAGAGAGGCAUCAUGGGCUUCUGGAAGACCUCCCCCUUCUUGGCUUUCAGCAUCUUGGUCCUGUGCCAGGCAGGCAGCCUCCAGGCGGCACCAUUCAGGUCUGCUUUGGAGAGCCCCCCAGACCCCACGGCACUCAGUGAGAAGGAAGGCCGCCUCCUGCUGGCUGCUCUGGUGAAGGCCUUUGUGCAGACGCAGAGAAAUGAGCUGGAGCAGGAGCAGGAGGAGAUGGAGGGCUCCAGCAUCACUGCCCAGAAGAGAUCCUGCAACACUGCCACCUGUGUGACCCAUCGGCUGGCAGGCUUGCUGAGCAGAUCUGGAGCUGUGGUGAAGAACAACUUUGUGCCCACCAACGUGGGCUCCGAAGCCUUUGGCCGUCGCCGCAGGGACCUUCAUGCCUGAGCAGCUACUGGACUCCAGGAAGAAGGUAACCAUGAAGCUGAACUCACCACUUCUAUUAAUUUCUGUUGACAACACUUGGUGAGAAGGCCCCAUGGAAGAUAUACAUGUUUGCAUCCCAAUAGAUACUGAAAAAAAGCACCUUUGUCACUUGAAAGGAAUGAAACUGAAUGCAAAAUAGGCUAAUUCCAUAUGUAUUGUGUAUUCUUUUUAUAUUUGAUUCUGUGUGCGGUCAGUGUGAUGGCAUCUAUUAUUGGCUUAUCUGGUAGCAAAUUGGUUCUUUGAGAGCUAUCCUGUGGAUCAUGGCGGCUCUGCCAAACCUUAGGUGGACAAUAAAUCAUUGUCUUUGUGGCCUCUAGGGACACACGGUAAUG